ACUGUUAUUCAGUAAGGACCCCGCUCUACGCCCCAUCCAUCCCUGCUGCAGGACUGAGCUGUUGUUAAGCCUUUUAAUUUGAGUUUUUGUCUGAAAUUUGUGAAGAUCCGCAACUAUGCCGUUGUUUGAGGGUCUUGGCAGUGGAGGGGAGAAAACUGCAGUAGUCAUUGAUUUAGGAGCAGCUUACACAAAGUGUGGAUUUGCUGGAGAGACAGGACCACGAUGUAUCAUUCCCAGUGAGAUCCAGAGGCCAGGGCUCCAACAGCCCAUCCAAGUGGUUCAGUACAAUAUCAACACCGAAGAGCUCUUCUCAAACCUUAAGGAAUUCAUCCACAUGCUGUACUUCAGACACUUGCUCGUGAACCCACGGGACCGGCGUGUGGUCAUCAUUGAAUCCAUCCUCUGCCCUUCACACUUCAGAGAGACCCUCACCAAGGUCUUCUUCAAGCACUUUGAGGUUCCCUCGGUGCUAUUUGCCCCCAGCCACCUCAUGUCUGUGAUGACCCUGGGCAUCAACUCUGCGCUAGUGAUGGAUUGUGGGUACUCAGAGACCUUGGUCCUGCCCGUGUAUGAAGGAAUCCCCAUCCUGUCUGCCUGGGAGGCCCUGCCCUUGGCAGGGAAAGCAAUUCACAAAGAGCUGGAGGCACAGCUUGUGGAACAGUGUACAGUGGACACAGACUCCAGUACUGGACAGAGCUUGCCUGCAGCCAUUGGAAACAUUCAAGAAGAUGUCGUGGAAGAUAUCAAAGUCAGGACCUGUUUUGUCAGCGACCUGCAGAGAGGGCUGAAGAUCCAGGACGCCAAGUUUAACCUGGAGGGCACAGCUGAGCGUCCAGACCCGCCCCCAGAUGUGGACUAUCCAUUAGACGGAGAGAAGAUCCUCCACAUCAAGGGAUCAAUCAGGGACUCGGUCAUUGAGAUGCUGUUUGAGCAGGACAAUGAGGAGAAGUCAGUGGCAACAUUAAUGCUGGAUGCUUUGGUUAAGUGCCCCAUUGACACCCGCAAGACCCUGUCGGAGAACCUGGUGGUGGUGGGGGGCACGGCCAUGCUGCCGGGGUUCACCCACCGUCUGCUGGCUGAGAUCCGCCUCCUGGCGGAAAGUCCGCGGUAUCAGCAGGCCCUGUCCACCAAAACUUACCGCGUACACAGCCCGCCGGCCAAGCCAAACUGCACCGCCUGGCUGGGAGGUGCGAUAUUCGGGGCUCUACAGGACAUCUUGGGGAGCCGGUCCGUGUCCCGAGACUACUACAAUCAAACUGGCCGCAUCCCAGACUGGUGCAGCCUGAGCGCCCCGCCCCCAGAGUCCUUAUACGAUGCUGGCAAGACCCCGCCUCCACUCAUGAAGAGGGCUUUCUCCACGGAGAAGUGAAGUCUCCAAACACACACACGCACACACAGCCUCAACUUAGAGCAGUGGUUCUCUCUCCAGGUCCUGGAGCGCUGCAGGGUGUGCUGGUUUUUGUUUUUGGUUUUAAUAUCAGCAACCAAUUCAGACCUGAUAAACUAGGAGAGGUGGGUUAACUGCGUAAUCAACUGCUUUUUAAUUGAUCAAUUAAGUGCCGGGUAACGACAAAAGCCAACGCACCCUGCGGCUCUCGAGGACAGGAGUGAGGACUACUGACCUUAGAGCUUCUUCACUGACCUUGCACUUUCAGCUCCGCCCCAAUCUCACUGUCCGAGAGGCUACGGUAAAACUGGCUUAUGUCCCACCCACCUAGGCCUCAUCUGUUAACCCCCACAAACUACAGACCCCUCUCCAAGUCUCUGAGACCUCCCCAUCUCCUUCAAACCCCAUGCUUCUGUUUCUCACACCCCUUCUCUAGCCACACCCCUGUCAAUCCCCUUCUCUGUCCCUCAAAUCCGUUCCCAAGCGACACCUGUAUCCCUCAAGCCCCUCCCCCAAUUUAGUGCCCAUGCCUCAGACCCUUGCAUCACCGUACCUGUGUAACACUGUCAUUAACACUGUUCAUUAUAAUGGUUACCUUUAUAACACUAUGGUUCCUGGUGUCUUUCUUGUGAACAAAAGCGAUGUACGGAGCCACGGCUUGUGAAAUGUUUGGCUGAACCAUGAUGAGACGCCAUAAAAGAGUUGGCGAGCCCGUCGAUACGCACUUAUUGGUGUUGCUCGUGUUUCAUUUCAGAGGGCAGAAGCAGCUGUGUAUAACGGUUUUUUGGGUUGCUGCCAUUCCCAGAGGCCUUUGAGGAACACAUUGGUUAAAGUGCAUAAAAUAAUAAUGCAGUACAGGUGUCUCUGUAUGUUUCCAUACAAGAUUGCUUACAUUGCCUUUUCUUUAUAUUUACAGUGUGUUGUUGUUACUGAUAAAAGAAACAUAACUUGAUUUUGCAAAGAACAAUAUUGGACUGUUCUUUGUGUAAAAGGACCACAGAUGUGAUUCACCUGUUAUUUAUUAGCUUUUAUUUACUUGCAGCGGUAAACGUUUGAUAUGUUAAAUUCAGCUCAAACCAUUACAUUUGUUUAAAUGGUUCAGCAGUUUACGCACCAGUUGUAAUCAUGCACUCCUAUUUAUGUCUUCUCUAAUACUGAAAAUAAAAUGCGUAAACAUUCUGA